CUCAAAUCCCCACAUUACCUAUAAAUCACCAAAGAUUAUUAUUAUUAAACCCUAACCCAGCAGCAUUAAGCAUUUCAUUUCAACUAUGACAGACUUCAAGGCUUGGCAGGUAAGAAAAGCAUUGUGCAUGAAGAUUCCUCUAGUUAUAGCGGCAAUAAUGACAGUUUCGGCCAUUGCAGUUGUAGCAUCAGCAAGAAAAGAUAUACCAUCAUUCUCGCCUUCUCCGCAAAACAAUGAACAUAGACAGGGGAAUGUUGAAGAAUUACCAUUGAGGCAAAUGGAAGAAGACUACUACGGUGCGUGGGACCCAGCACCGUUCUUCGGUGGCAGCUAUCCAGCUCCGGUUCCUCAUGGCAUCAUGGGAAGAACAAGAAGAAGAAAGUUCAUUGUUGUGCCCAGGCCACCACCAAGUUAAAGAGGACUCAACAGCAAAACUAAGUCUGUCUUACUGAACUGAAUGUCAUUAUUCUAGAUAUAGAUACACAUACAUAUGCAAUUGCUAUACAAUGUAUUCUGAUAUGUAUGAUUAUUUUGCCCAUUUAAUACCCAAUUUGGUAUCUUGACUGUAUACUGUUGCUCAAUUUGGUCAAUGACAACGAAAUUCCAUGCAAUCAUAUAAAUGGAAACGUGAAUCAGAA